UCUAUUUGUGGGAGGGUUCGAUGAAGCUGAUAUGCUGGCCUUUAUAAACCCAGGGGACAGCCUACAAGACGAGACGAGACAAAGUUUCAAAACUACAGCCUCCUGUGAAGCCAUGGCGUCCACUCGUCCCCUCCUGCUCUUGGUCCUGUGCAGCCUGACUCUCACCGAUGCUCAGUUCAAGCUCUUUAACCUGCGGGCCACCGAUCUGUCCGCCAACCUCCUGGGAAGGCCAGACGCCUAUGUCAAAGUGUCCUGCGGCUCCUCCGAUCUGGGCGAAACAUCCGUCAGCAGGAACCAGAAGAACCCCUGGUGGGAGGAGGAGUUCGCCACGUACAAGGGCCAGGAGAACGACGUGAUGAGGCUAGAGGUUUUCGACAAAGACCUCUUCUUCGACGACCUGCUGGGAGUCUGCCAGCGUCAGAUCAAACGGGGAACACAUGCGCAUGACUGCUUCCUGGAGAAAGGGGGCACCCUCCAUUAUACCUACACACUCGGCUGAUGAGGCGUGUGCAGCUAUAUCUGACCUUAAGUCAUCACAUGCAGCCUGCGAUUCACUCAGACUGGCUCUAGGGAUCGUUUUCAUCCUAACGACAAAUCUGGGAUGAGUCGUUGACUCAUUAACUCAAUCAAUAAACAUUUGGGAAACACUAUCAUUAUGUUUCUUAGAUUGUCAACAAACAAAGAAAUAAAGAGUGAUGGAGCAAUCAAA